UCACACGCCCCAACCCGCCCAUCAAUUGACAGUAGUGUGAGAGCGCGCGCAUGAGAAAAGCGCACGCAUAACAAUUUUCUCUUUUUAUUGUUUGCAAACACAAUCAGAUACUCACACACCUAAGAGUGUGUUUAGAUGAGUUACGGCGUCUGUCACCUCUUUCUUGUUUAUACCGCGUGCGCACUCAACCUGUGCGUAAUAUCGAUGCGGCCACUUGCAUCUCCAGCCGUUCUUGCGCGUCCGGCGAUGCGGCUGUAACGACGCGCCCCUGUGGUUCACGUGCCACUUUUCAUGGGUUUUCUGAUAUGCAUGGUUGAAUGUCAUCGCAUUGCUUUACCCACCACAGUUUCCUGCUGCUGGAUCACGCACUGAACCUGUGGUUAGAUAUGACGCAUCGGGCACAGUAGGGACGCGUCUCGGAGAAGCAGAAAGGUUUCAGACAGAAGGGACCAGCGGAUCUGGACUAUACAGGCGUCAUGUCUAACACGACGAAGAGCAAAAAGGAAAAGGAAAUCAUUACAGAGUAUGAAAGCCAAGUGAAAGAGAUACGGUCUCAGUUAGUGGAGCAGCAGAAAUGUCUGGAGCAGCAGACGGACAUGCGGGUUCAGCUCCUCCAGGACCUGCAGGAUUUCUUCAGGAAGAAAGCUGAGAUCGAGAGCGAAUAUUCACGCAACUUGGAGAAGCUCGCCGAACGAUUUAUGGCCAAAACCCGCAGCACCAAGGACCACCAACAAUACAAGAAGGACCAGAACCUGCUUUCUCCUGUGAACUGCUGGUAUCUGCUGCUGAACCAAGUGAGGAGGGAGAGUAAGGACCACGCCACCCUCAGCGACCUUUACCUCAACAACGUCAUCACGCGCUUCACGCAUGUCAGCGAGGACAACAUGCGUCUGCUCAAGAAGAGCAAAGAGAUCAUUUUCCAGCUGCAAGAAGACCUGAUGAAGAUUCUUAACGAACUCUACACGGUGAUGAAAACAUAUCACAUGUAUCACACUGAGACUCUAAGUGCAGAGAAUAAGUUAAAGGAGGCAGAGAGGCAGGGUGAACGUCAGGGCCGAGGUGGAGAGACUGUCUUCAGUCUGCGCACUGAAGAUCGCCACCAACGGCGCAACGCUGCUCGAAAAAUCCAGAAGAUGAAAGAGAAGCGCCAAGCCAAGUAUUCAGAGAACAAACUGAAGGUUAUGAAAGCUCGGAAUGAGUAUCUGUUGACUCUGGAGGCCACGAACGCUUCUCUGUUUAAAUAUUACAUCCACGACCUGUCACAUUUGAUUGACUGUUGUGACCUCGGCUACCAUGCUGGCCUGAGCCGGGCGUUGCGCACCUACUUGUCAGCGGAAUACAGCCUGGAAACCUCUCGACAUGAAGGCCUGGAUAUUUUGGAGGGGGCCGUGGAGGGGCUGGACCCCAGUAGUGACCGGCAACGCUUUAUGGAGACUCACCCCACAGCGUUCACUCCUCCUGCACGCUUCACCUUUCAGCCACACAUGGCAGACCAGGUGAGUCAAAUCACAGCAUUGCCGCAGGUGCAAGCCGAGCUCCUCCUCCGAUUCCAGCAGCUGCAGUCGCGGCUCUCCACACUGAAGAUCGAAAAUGAAGAGGUGAAAAAGACAUCGGAGGCUACCCUCAGCACUAUCCAGGACAUGGUGAACAUGGAAGAUUACGACGUGUCCGAGAGCUUCCAGCACAGUCGCUCCACUGAGUCAGUCAAAUCCAGCGUAUCAGACACUUACCUCAGCAAACCCAGCCUGGCCAAGAGACGCGCCAACCAGCAGGAAACAGAGCUCUUCUAUUUCACAAAACUGAAGGAGUGUCUGGAAGGCAGUAAUCUCAUCGCUAAACUACAAGCCAAACACGACAUGCUGAAGAGGAGCAUAGCUGAAGGAUACAGAGGAGACAUCAUGACAACCAGCCGUCGACGAAACUCCCACAGCAGGCACCAGGAUUCUGGGAAGGCCAUCCCACUGAUUGUACAAAGCUGCAUUCGCUUUAUUAAUCUAUAUGGUCUGCAACACCAGGGUAUUUUCAGGGUUUCAGGGUCACAGGUGGAAGUCAAUGACAUUAAGAACUCUUUCGAACGAGGCAACGACCCCUUGACUGACGAGGAGAAUAACCAUGACAUUAACUCAGUAGCAGGCGUGCUGAAAAUGUACUUCCGCAACCUGGACAACCCGCUUUUCCCCAAGGAGAAGUUCAACGAUCUCAUCGCCUGUGUCCGAACUGAGAGUUUGUUUGAGCGUGCCCUUUCCAUCCGCAAGAUCUUGACCACAACACCACGGCCAGCACUAGUGGUCAUGAGAUACCUGUUUGCAUUCCUCAACCACUUGUCCCAGUACAGCGACGAGAACAUGAUGGACCCUGGAAACCUGGCAAUAUGCUUCGGUCCGACUUUGAUGCCCACCCCGGACCUCCUGGACCAGGUGUCAUGUCAGACGCAUGUCAAUGAGAUCAUCAAAACCAUCAUCAUCCACCAUGAAACUAUCUUCCCUGACACCAAAGAGCUGGAGGGACCCGUUUAUGAGAAAUGCAUGAGCAAUACUGAGUACUGUGAAAGUCCGUACAGUGAACCUGGAGCGUUUGAGGAGGGGGAGCAGGAUGGAGGGACGGAAACACAGACGAGUGAGGAGGAGGGCGAGCCUGUGGAGGCCAUAGCCAAGUUUGACUACGUGGGACGGUCUGGACGGGAGCUGACGUUUAAAAAAGGCGCCACUCUGCUGCUCUUCCAGAGAGCGUCUGAAGACUGGUGGGAGGGACGUCACAACGGCAUUGACGGACUCAUACCACACCAAUACGUCACGCUGCAGGAGGAUGAGGCCAUGUCAGACACUCUGAGCCAGAAAGCAGACAGUGAGUCCAGCACCACACCUUCAGAUGAAGUGAGCUCCAGACGCUCACUGACGUCUCCUACUGAACCAAGAAUCCCUGAGACCUUCAUCAGCCGACACCGGAAGCGAACGGAAGCCCUCCUGCGCCGCGUCCCCGGUCGCCUAAGCGACGGUCACUGCCAUGGCAACGGGCUGGAACGUAGCUCGCCUCCCGUAACGGUGACCGUAACGGGGCAUUUCAGCCCGCGGGAGCUGCUACGUGGGAAUAGCUGUGUAGACAGUCCUGAGCACCACCGACGCAUGGGACACAACGCUACCUCCAACGGCAACAUCACUGCCAACAUCAGCCGACACGAGUCCCUGCGCAGGGACAGAGAACGAGAGAGUCCUCCAAUACGCCAGUCACCAUCCACACUGCAUUGUGGGUUACCUAUUCAACGCUCUCAGACGCUGAACCCGCACACAUUGGCACAGGAUUUAGAGGAAACUAUGAAUCUGGCAUUGAAUGAGCUGCGUGAGCUGGAAAGACAGAAUGGGAAAACCGCGGCUCCUGACCUGGUGCUGGACACCCUGGAGCAAGUGAAGAGCAGCCCGUCCUGCCUGUCCGGCUCCACCCCCUCCAGCUUGUCCAGCCCGUCAGAUUCCCCGAGCCCCCUCAGCCCUAUUAGCCCCCUUCCUCCUCUCCCUCCGUUGCCCGGCCCUUCGUCCCGACGCUCCAACGACCCCGUUGCCACCUUCAAACCCAUCGCCUCACCCCGCAUGGGCGUGACGCUCCGCCCACCCGCUUUGCGGCCAAAACCACCCAUUCUCCCCAAAGCCAACCCUCCGCCUUCCCAGCAGCCCCAGAAUCCGCCCUCGAGUUUCGGCGGCGACAAAUCGGGCACUAUGUAAGCCAAUGGGUCCAACUGAAGGAAACAGGGUUUAAGACUUGACGACUGCUCGAAGAACAGGGUUCAUCUCUUAAUAAUGACAUGAUUGUAUGGCCGAUAGCUAGUUUACGCGCAGAAUGGUCUGAUAGCAUUAGUCUACGAUAUUAUAUCCAUAAAUGUGUUGUCAGGGUGGUGUGCGUGUGUAUUCUCAAAGUGAAUUGGACUUUACCGUGUCUGUGUGUAGAUACAUUUGCGAGGAACACAUUCAGAGACAGCGGAGAGAGACUGCCUGUACAGGAACGACCGUUGUUGCUUUUUUGGGAAAUGUUCUAUUGAGUCGGUGCAAUGUAUUUAGAGUGCUUUGAUUUGUUAGGCCUUACUACCACAAGAGGGAUGUGUCGAAAACGCCGUUUUAAUAAGUUGCUGCUGCUUUUUUUGAUGCUUCGAUUCGAGUUACAGGACUCCUGGUGCCUCUUGGGAAAAGUUAUUUCACUUGUUGGAAGUUGAUGGGGAAUGUAAUUUAGUUUUUUUGGUUCGUUCACCUAGCCUUUCCCACGAGGCGACUGAAGAACACAGAAUGUAUUCCAUGAAUGUUCCACUUUAUUAUUUUUCCUUUUUUCACUUGGAAAAAUACCACACUAAGCCUUGAUCACCAGAUAAACCUCCCCCUUUACCGUGGAAACCAAACCCUUAAGCCUGAUUGGACGACGUGGGAGGGACGCAUUCCGAGGGCGAACACACAAACUAAGCUUUAUCAAAACAACACACUGAAGGCGCAAAAACACAUUCCCGGGGAGGAUUGCGAAGAAAAUUCUGAAAGUUCUUGAAAACAGGCCACGCCCUCCCUCAGGUCCUUCAAGUACAAUUUCCACUGCUGCUCCACUGUCGGACGAUCAUGGUGUUCGAUUCUCGAUUUUCAACGUUCCCUGUGCUUCCAGUGUAUGUGUGUUUGUACGAUACUGUCAACGGCAGACUCUUUGGAGCACACUAACCAUACAUGGCUCUUCUGUGUGUGUCUGUGUGAGGGUUUUUGCAUGAUAAAACACAGUUAGAGUAGUUCAGAGUACUAGAUGAUGGAUAACUCAUGCUUGUACAUGACAACUUAAGUGUUUGAGUGUGUGUGUGUGAGUGAAUGAGAGAAAGAGUGUGCUGUACUUGUAGACAGGAUUGUGUGUGUGUGUGUGUGUGUGUGUGUGUGUGUGUGUGUGUGUGUGUGUGUGUAAACGAGGGUGUGUAAAUAUGCAUGAAGGUGAGGUGAGUUGCUUUACAACUAAAGGGCCUUGGUUCACUUUUUUUAUACACUAAUGAUUGUUUUUCCACUUUUUCUGACUGCUGCUUUUACGUUUUUCUAACUGUUCUAUUUUUUACCUUCAUUUCUUACUGGUGCUCUUUCAUAUGACUGCGACUGCUUGUCGCAGUAUCCAACGCCCGCCUUUUUGUCCUUUUCCAAGCAAUGUGAAUAUCUAUGAUUAUCACCCCACCCUCCUACACACACACACACACACAACUGUGUUCACAUGAAAGUGCCUUUCAGGAUGCAUGUUGAAUGCAGGAGCCUGGUCUGCCAAGGGUGUGUGCUCCCAUCGCUCUCUGAAGAGUCGUUCCCCAAGUUAAAUAUUAAUAAUAAUGCUAGAGCUCUUUUACAGAUAUUUAAUAUCCUGAACAAAUAAUAAAUAUGUACAUUUAAUCCAUUGUGAUGUCGCACUUUCAUGUAUAGGACUGUAUUGGCAUGUAGCAUUAAAUCAUGUUCCAGUGCAUUUUAAAAUGUGUCUGAAUGUCUUUGAAAUAAAGGAAAGUUAAUACGUCUCAAAAA